AUGGUUGCUGUGGAAGGUCAUCAUAACCACCCUCGUACGGAGCAUCUUGAAGGACAUUCAAUGGACGCAAGGCUCACUCCUCAACAAGUGGAGAAAAUAGCUAAAUAUAGGAGAAUGAGUAUUUCACCACUUAAUAUGCUUCGCUUACUAAAGGAUGAUAACAAGGAUAACGUAUCAUCGUUUUCCACCAUUUACAAUGCAAUUGAGACAAUUAAAAGGAAUGAAUGGAAUGAUAGACAAGUCAUGCAACAAUCGUUUUUUUUUCUUUUGGCUCGAGAGAAAAGCUACGCGCUUCAAAAGAAGACUAACAAAUACGAUAUGACAUUGUUGAACAUUGUUGGUAAUAAAGAUAUUGAUAAUGCACCUAUUAAAGAAAUUCGUUAUCCAGUCUACUGUUUAACAGAUAAAUUAAAAAUAUUUGGUUCUUGUAAUGGAUUGGUUUGCUCAAGACAUUGUGAUGGAUCAGCAUUUGUACUACCAGUUAGAUUUCGAGCCAUAUCUUUUCCUGGAUACAUUAGCUUUGAGUAUGAGUUUGGUUAUGAUGCAUUAAAUCAAGAUUACAAGUAUGUAGAAAUCGCGGGUAGUUCAACUCGCAAGGAAUCUGAAGUCGAUGUCUAUUCGUUGAAAUCAGUUACUUGGAGACGAAUCCAGUAUAUCCCGUACCUAGUUUCCAAUGGACAUAGUGUAUCAGCACCCGGGGUGUCCUAUAAUGGCGCUCUUCAUUGGAUUUCCAAAUCCUAUUCAGGAAACAAACGCAAAGUUUUAAUUGCUUUGGAUGUUGGAAACGAGAGUGUUCAAGAGAUCCCACAACUAGAAAACUUGGGAGCCGGGAAAUUUGGUGCUUAUGGAUAUGUCAGUGUGUUGGAUAAUUGCCUAGGCAUGCUUUGUAGUAGUCGUGUGGAUGGUUAUGAAGUAUGGAUGAUGAAGGACUAUGGAUUGAGAGAAUCCUGGACGAAACUUUAUACAAUCUCCACAGUCAUUGAUGUUAAGUCUGUCCGGUCAGUUCAGUACUUGAGGAAGAUGGAGUGUUUAAAAAACGGCGAGAUUCUACUAACAAUUAAACAACAUGAGGUUUCUAAUUUGGCUGGUGAGAAGGCCUAG